AAUAUAUAUGCAUACCGUCCAACCGCCAAAGUGCCAUCAAGGUGCGUCGAGCCGAUAUGCUGAAUGAGAUUGACGUUAUGACCGGCAAGAUUUCUGACAGCUGACAGCGGAACGGCUUGCCGACGAUGCCAGGCGACGUGUCGCCCUGACCCUGAGCGUGACAGGAAAGAGUAGACAUGCAAGGCAUCUGCGUGAACAUUCGCACGGCGAUCGAACACGGACGUACUGACAUUAUCAGGUCGCUUUUGGACGCGUGUGAAAAUGGUAAUACUACAGAGGGUAUUACAAAAGAUAAGAUAUUAAAUCAACCGGUUCUGGAGGAAGGGACUUUUUUAUCUUACGCAUCCAAGACCAAUCAGGCUGACAUUGUGCGAACUCUACUAAAUUGUGGUGCUGACCCAGCUGUACAGAAUGCAAAUGGACACAAUGCAGUAGAUGUCGCAGCAACUGAUGCAAUACGACGUAUUUAUAUAGAGGAACUAUUGAGGGCAACAGCUGCUUCAGAGAUAGACAGAGUAGUGCAAUUAUUAGAUGCAGGAUUAGAUGUUAAUUCAUGGGAUUCACAAGGUAGCAAGAAUACACCGUUACAUUGGGCAGCAUGUUAUGGAAACAAGGAUAUUGUUCAAUGUUUACUCGAUAAAGGAGCUGAUGUAAAUGCCGAGAAUGGUUGUGGCGCGACACCGUUGCAUGAUGCGGUGAAUCGCGGCGACAUCGCUAUCUGCCAGGAGCUGCUACAAGCUGGUGCGAAUCCUCUCGUGCGAGCCACCAAAGGAACAUUCGCGGGAAAGACUUCAUAUGAUCUCUCCAGAAAGAAGCAGUCUCUGCAUUGUUUUCUUCAGAGAUUUCUGUCAAACUUUAUGCUGAACGAGAACGAAACGAUGCAUAGUCCCACAACUGCCCUGCCUUCGUUUGCGGACGGAAACUUCUGCCAGAAGAGUCUCUCAAGCAAUAUGAGCCAACUCUCGAUCGAGUCUACCAAGUCCUCGGAUCCGGUUUACGAUGUGCCUUUGCGUGAAGCGGGCAAAGAGAGCCCCAACAAGUCCAUCGUCGACAAAGGGAGUAUCUACAGCUUACUGUGGCCACAACCAAAGUCUGUGAUUGAACUAAAAAACUUUACGGCCCCAUUUAUCGCCGGAAAGGAACUUUUUAUAUCAAUAAUACAGGGCAGCGAGUCUGUGCAUAGAAUACUGGAUGUAUGGGAAAUCAGUAGAACUCAUCUACUGGAACUGGGUCACGAUGUGAAAAUCGGUGAGGUGCAGCCCAGUUGCGGCAAAUUGCUCAAUGACAACAUGAUCGAAUGUAUCGUGAACGGAAAUCUAUUCAAUGUCGGGGAUGGCUAUCAGCUACACAUCUCGCAGAACUCCAUAAAAGUGAGCGCUGGCAGUUUAGCGGGGCUGCAUUAUGCGGUCUGUACGUUCGUCCAGAUUCUGCGAUUGAGCAAGAGUCAGAGCAGAUCGGAGGCGUGCGAGAUAGAGCCAGUGUUUAUUAAAGACGAGCCGAGAUUUGCUCAUCGUGGUGUGCUGUUGGACAUCUCGCCCAGGGGACGCAUACCGACCUUGGAAUAUCUGCUGCAUACCAUCGACCUGCUGUCAUCGUUCAAGAUUUCUCACUUGCAUCUCUAUUCCAGACUCAUACCGAACUGUGAUUGGCAGCUUUGUUAUUCCAAAUCCGAGAUGGUCACCCUGGAUAGAUAUUGCAGGGAUCGUCAUCUGGACAUAGUUCCCACGCUGGACGUCGACUCUAAUGUCGGUCAACAUCACUUGACGCAGAUGUGGCCUAUAUUUCAAGAAUUACUCGCAGUAUUCCCCAGUUUAAGUUAUAUCCAUGUUGGCCCGCGAUUAGCUAGUCUCUUGGUGCAAGCUGACAAUUUUGACUUGAAUGUGUCCGUUAACGAGACUAUCGAAACGGACAUGUCGGAAGUAUUCAAGUCCUACUCCUGCCUUCAAGAACUCUGGCAUAUUCUCAACCUGAGCUCGAACACGACUCUGCUAUUAUGUUCUAACGGUUUACAUUCCAAACCGGAGUUCCACAAUAUUCCCAUCAACAUCGUACUCGUCGAAUAUGGGUUUCAGGCAGAUUACGAUUUUUCCGAAUGGACUGAGGCGUUCAGAAUGGCAGGCGGAAACGUUCUACCGAGCUCAGGCACGGCCAGUUAUAACAGCUUAGCGGGAUGUCCGGCGUCGACAUGUGCAAACACACGAAACGCGAUAAAAACCUCUCUGGAGCAGAACUCUAUCGGUAUCGUUGUCGCACAUUGGUCAGGGAGUCAUCAUCUCACACCGCAUCCCUUUGCCUGGAUCGGCUAUCUAGUAGCAGCAGGUCUAGCUUGGAAUCCGAUAACAGAAAUAGAUUUAGGCCCGGACGACAUUUACGACAUCCCAGAACUGACCGCAUCUAUUAGGGAAAAAUGUAUCACGAAAUUGCUAGACGUACACGUGUUUCAAGACUCGGAAUAUAAAAUCGGCAGCGCGAUAUUGGAAUUGGGACGUCUGGAUACUUUGGUAUUAACAUUGAGCAAGAACCAAGCGAUUAAAGAUUUACAGCAAAUCCCUGAUAACCGCGGUUCUACCUUAUAUAGAUUAUUGACUGACCCGGACAACGUAAAUCUUGAAUAUCUUUCGGCCGAUCUGUUCGCCAAAAUGACGAAACAGAUCAAACGAAUAUCCCAUUCCUUGUACGAAGCGAAUCUCUCGUCGAAAUUUGCGUCGAUGGAGAUACAGGAACUACAAUUGACCUCCGAUUUGAUGCUGACAGCUUGCAAGAUCGGUCGUACAUUGAUCGGAGUCGGUGUGAAUCCUAAUAGCAACAUGGGACUGGCAGUCAUCAAUCUAGGAGUGUGUAACCUACCACCAACUUUCAGAACGGAUAUAGCAAACAAAAUGUUGGCUCACAUCGAGCAAUAUAAAGGUUCCUGGCUACAGAGGCAUCUGCCGCAGGGCCUCCAGAGUUCUUUGCUAGUUUUGACUAGCGCGUUACACAGAUUCGUGCCAGAAACAUAAGUCGUUUUUAAGGACGCGUACAGAGCAUCUCGGUAACUUUGAACGUCCAAAGGAUGUAAGAGCAAAAGUCCGAGCGAAGCCUUGUUUUUUAUGUCUUUUGGAACCUUAUGUUACUUGAGAUUAGUCGGUGAAAAUUUCGAUAGAAGAUUGCAAUGUGCAAAUAUACAUGAUAGUUACACGUAUUACAUACAGAAUCCCUCACGAGGUGAAUUCGAAAAGCGACUGCACAGAGAGCAAUAUAACACUUGUACCUUUAUAUGACUAUGUACUGAUUACACUAUUGUAUAUUCACUGUGCAAUAUCGUUUCCCCGAUAUCUGCCAGAAAAAAUUCCCUCAAAGGGAUCAGUGGCUUUGUUGAAAAGAUAUAAUUUUGUUCAUGAUGAAAAAUUGCAAUUAUAAUGUUCGUUUUAUUAAAUACAGAAACAUUUAUUAAUUCUGUGUAUUUUUAUUGAUUAUGGCAUGUGAAGAUUGUGGAUAUGUAAUUACAACAAAUUGCGAUAAUGUCAUUUAUUUUUGCAUGAGUAUGUGUAGAUGUAAAAACAGGUCAGAGUUCCUUUACAAUGAGGUAAUAUAUAUUUUCCAUAAUACUAAUGAAUUUGAUAUUAUUAUACUAUCUUAUAUAAUAAAUAUAUAUUGUUCACAUACAAUAAACAACAAAUGGAUGCGUUAACAAAUUAUUUCACAAUGGAUAACACAAACAUCUUUUCAUACAUGUAUAUACUUCAUACUAAAUAUAUGUACAGUUUUAUAUUUCA